ACCCUUGUUUCCCCCCUUCCCUGAUCUGAGCAAGUGCUAAUUGGUCAGACGUGCAACGCGCACACACAGAAGCGUCGUGUUGAUCUGAUUGCAAAUCCCGGUACGUCAGCAACCCAGAGACCCUCCUCCAGCUCGGAUCAGAGGGAAGAGGCUCACCAGAGUGAGCAGCAGGUGCUGGAGCAGGCAGCGGAGCCGCUUCCCAGGGGACCCUGGGAGUGGGGAGUAGCAGUGUCAGAAACUUCUUCAUUGUUUGUGAAAUCCCAGUCCGUGAAGAGCCUGAACUCCGACACAAAGGCAGGCUCUAAUUAACCACUGGAACGCUUCUUCUCCGGCACGGAAAGCAAGAGCUGUGCCAGAGAAACAGCAGCCAUCCCUCUGGUCCUCCAAGGGCUGUGAACAGCCAGCCAGGCACGAAAUUCCCCCUUCUGCCUCCUUGUUCCUGCCAGCCCCAGAAGAACUCUCACUGCAGACAGCUGAACAGGAGCUGCUCAACUCCCCCAGCAAAGAAAACCCAAAGCUCACCAGAGUGCUCUCGGAAAGAAGAGUUCCUUGAUUUAUUUAGAAAGUCAUUAUUCUCUUGUUUUCUUGGUUCAUGGAGCCUUAUGUCUUCCAAACUUUUAUUUCUCCCCUCAUCACUUCAAAAUCUAACUUCUCCAACAGGGGGGAGAGGUAAGUUAGGUGGUCCAUAAAGCGUUACAACUCACCUUUGAAUAUAAGCUGCAUCUAAAUGAGGUAACAGCUGCUUCUCACAGGAGGGGGAAAAAAAUCCCAACCAAACAAAAAGCCUCUCACUUCUGGGCUAGCGAGGCUUUCAGUGGUAUCUGAGCGUGCUCUGUGAUCAAUAGGCAUGGGAAACAUCUCCUUUUGGGAUGAUCCGAACAGCUCCUGCAGCAACGCAGGCAACAGCUGCUACCUGGAAAACAGCAUGAGGUUCAACUUCACCCUCCAAGAGCAGGCAGCUGAUUUCUACGUUGUCCUGCCCGUGAUCUACUCUGUGAUCUGUGCUGUGGGGCUCACAGGCAACACUGCUGUCAUCUAUGUGAUCCUCAAGGCCCCCAAGAUGAAGACUGUGACCAACAUGUUCAUCCUGAACCUCGCUAUCGCUGAUGACUUGUUCACCCUUGUCUUGCCCAUCAAUAUUGCAGAGCACCUCCUCCGCUACUGGCCCUUCGGAGAAAUCCUCUGCAAGGUCAUCUUGUCCAUAGACCACUACAAUAUCUUCUCCAGCAUUUAUUUCCUGACAGUGAUGAGCAUAGACAGGUACCUGGUGGUACUGGCCACAGUCAGGUCCAAGAGGAUGCCCCACCGCACGUACCGAGCAGCCAGGAUUGUCAGCCUGUGCAUCUGGAUCCUGGUCACCAUCAUAGUCCUCCCUUUCAUCAUCUUUGCCAAUGUCUACACCGACGACCUGGAGAUCAAGAGUUGUGGUCUCAAUUUCCCCAAGCCUGAGAGGUUUUGGUUCAAAGCCAGCAGGAUCUACACCCUCAUCCUUGGCUUUGCCAUUCCGGUAUCCACCAUCUGCAUCCUCUACACCAUGAUGCUCUACAAGCUGAGGAACAUGCACUUGAACUCCAAUGCCAGAGCCCUGGACAAAGCCAAGAAGAAAGUCACCAUUAUGGUCUUCAUAGUCCUGGCUGUGUUCCUCUUCUGUUGGACCCCCUUCCACCUGGCCACCAUCGUGGCUUUGACCACUGACUUACCCCAGACCUCCAUGGUCAUUGGGAUAUCCUACUUCAUCACCAGCCUAAGCUAUGCCAACUCAUGCUUGAAUCCUUUCUUGUACGCUUUCCUGGAUGACAGUUUUCGGAAAAGUUUCCGGAAGUUGUUGGAAUGCAGAACUUCUUGAACAGGGGGCUGGGGCUGGCAGGUCUCUGCCCUUCCAGGGCUUUUCAGGGGCAACCUGGCAGACUGGAGGAGUGGCCAAUGAAUGCACAACGUCCUUUCUUUCGUUUACAUGUAAUGUGUGGUCUGUUUGUAACCCUCAUCAGCAACAGGGUUUGUCCUGCCCACUUGCAACUCUUGUAUUUCCCCUCUUUGCUCCCACCAACUUCUCAGAGUUGCAUUUCUAGACUCUGAUUUUUAAUUUCACCCUCUGAAUUAUUAAGGACAGAAAAUUUCCUUUUUUAGGGGUGUACUUCUGCCACAAAGUGGUCCUUUAUUGCCAUCUGCUGUACAGCACGGACAGGCUGGAGACCAAUUUCCAGACAAGUGCAAAGCUCAGUUCUUUAUCACUGAGUUAUUAGGGAGGAUUGUUUAAUGGAGCAGAGCUAAUGAGCACUUUCAAUGAAACAUCAGUAAAACAGAGGAUGAGUUUUUGGAAGAGAAAAGAAACUGUUUUCAAUGUUCAUGUAUGUUCCUGUGUGUUAUGGCUUCCUUUUGGUUUUGAAGGAUCGUCCAUCUUCCACUCCACCACAAAUUUCCUCUUUUCUGACUUGUUAAAUUUAGACCAAAAGGAAGAUUUGAGUCUCAAAAAUAGUGCUAAACAGCACACCAUACAAAUACUAUAACAACUGUGAGAAUUUGUGUUAGAAAUUAUUUUGAACUAGUUGUUCCUGUUAAGUGUCAAAUGCAUAUUUAUUUAAGAGUGAGUAAUGAA